ACUCACUAGUUCCCACUAACCAUCAUCACUGCCAGCAACAACCUCAACAAUAACAUUAAACUCAAACAAAUCCAACACAACAUACAAAUAGUGUAUCUUUGUUUAUAAUCCACAAACAUAACCAAAUCCAAAACAAAACACAAUCAUCAUCAUCAUCAUCGCCACUAUGUCAAAACAAACAUACAGUGUUUGUUUAUGCUGGCGUAGAAGAUUCAAGCUAGCUUUAUCAGAAGCACCACAAGAGAUCAAGACCCUCUUUGAACAAUACUCAGAAAAUGAUCUCAUGACACCUUCAAACCUCAAAAGAUUCUUAAUUGAAAUACAAAAACAAGAACAAGCUACUGAAGAAGAAGCACAAGCUAUCAUUGAUAGUUUCAAGCAUUUUCAUAGAAGGGGUGCUGGACUUAAUCUUGAAACUUUUUUCAAGUUUCUCUUUAGUGAUAGUAACCUUGCUCUUUUACCUUCAAUUGGGGUGCACCAUGAUAUGACAUUGCCCUUGUCUCAUUAUUUCAUAUAUACUGGUCACAAUUCCUAUCUAACCGGGAAUCAGCUGAGCAGCGACUGCAGCGACAUUCCAAUCGUGAAAGCGUUGCAGAGAGGUGUAAGGGUAAUUGAGUUGGACUUAUGGCCUAAUGCAUCCAAGGAUAAUGUUGAUGUUCUUCAUGGAAGGACAUUGACUACUCCCGUGGAGCUCAUUAGAUGCUUGAGGUCUAUUAAGGAACAUGCCUUCGUCGCAUCAGAAUUUCCGGUUGUAAUAACCCUAGAAGACCAUCUUACUCCAGAUCUUCAAGCCAAAGUGGCCGAGAUGGUUACUUCAACAUUUGGAGACAUACUAUUUGUACCUGGCUCAGAAAGCUUGAAGGAAUUUCCUUCUCCUGAAUCACUUAAAAAGAGGAUUAUUAUAUCAACCAAACCACCUAAGGAGUACCUUGAGACAAAAGAAGUAAAGGAAAAAGAGGAUGAUUCACUGCACGGAAAGGCUUCGGGCGACGAUGAAGCGUGGGGGACGGAGAUCCCGAGCUUCAAGUUAGGUUUGUUAUCCGAUUACAAGGGAAACAGUUUGGAUAAAGAAUAUUUUCAUGACGAGGAAGAGCUUUCCGAAUCAGACAAGUCACAUCACAACGUAGCUCCAGAAUAUAAAGGUUUAAUUGCCAUUCAUGCUGGGAAGUCGAAAGGAGGAAUAGACGCAUGGCUCAAAAUAGAUCCGGAGAAAGCGAGGCGUAUAAGUUUAAGUGAGCAACAGCUUGAAAAGGCUGCUAUAACUCAUGGAAAAGAAGUUGUCAGGUUUACUCAGAAGAAUAUUCUGAGGGUGUUUCCAAAAGGUACUCGCAUUGACUCGUCAAAUUAUAAUCCAUUAAUUGGGUGGAUUCAUGGAGCUCAAAUGGUUGCAUUCAACAUGCAGGGAUAUGGGAGAUCACUUUGGUUGAUGCAUGGAAUGUUUAGAGCCAAUGGAGGGUGUGGUUAUGUUAAAAAACCAGAUUUUCUCUUAACAACUGGUCCGGAUAACGAGGUCUUUGAUCCUAAAGCUAAGUUACCUGUGAAGACUACUUUGAAGGUGACUGUAUAUAUGGGAGAAGGAUGGUAUUAUGAUUUCAAACAUACACACUUUGAUCAAUAUUCACCUCCAGAUUUCUAUGCAAGAGUUGGGAUUGCUGGAGUCCCUAGUGAUAGUAUAAUGAAAAAAACAAGGGCAAUAGAGGAUAAUUGGCUGCCUACAUGGAACGAGGUAUUUGAGUUCCCGCUUACUGUUCCGGAACUAGCCCUUCUUCGUAUAGAAGUUCACGAGUAUGACAUGUCCGAGAAAGAUGAUUUUGGUGGCCAAACAUGCCUACCUGUUUCGGAGCUAAGGAGCGGCGUUCGAGCAGUUUCCCUGCAUAGCCAGAAGGGAGAUAAAUACAAUUCUGUAAAGCUUCUUAUGCGCUUUGAAUUUCAUUGAUUAUGUUCUCAUAGUUCUGUUUUACAUUAUUUAUAGAUUAUGUACAGUCAUUAAGAUGUGUCGGUAAGAGUAAGAGUUUGUAUGUUGUAGAUGGAGGAUGGUAUCAUGAAUAAUUCUUUAAGAAAUAAUGUGUUUGUGCUGUAAGGCUUCAGGCUUGUCAAUAUACAUUUAUAUCACAUAUUUAUGUGUAUUUUGAGUGACAAUAAUUCAUAUACAUGAAAGUUUUGGAUGUUA